UUUGUGUUCACGUGUUCGCGGCGGCUCCUCCUCGCUCCGCGCGUUCUUCCUGUGAUAUAACCGAAGCCCCGCCGCGCAUUCCCGCCGUGAGUGCCAGCUGCUCAACAGGCACGCCCAUCUCCCGCCAGCAUGGCUCCAGUCAAAGUUCCUGACACCCCAGUGGAAGUGAUGGUGGACUUGUUAACCAAAGCCAAAGACAUGGCGGCAUCCUGCAGUUCUGCUCCAGAGGAGCUGAGCGCUCAUCUGCAGAAAGCUCUCGACAUCGCCAGUGGACUGGACAAGUACCUGGAGGAGAUGACAACACGGGAAAGUGAACCUUUGAGAGAACUUUAUGAAAAGACGAUGUCUCAUGACUGGAAUGGAGUGCACAAGGAGGGCAAGACACUCUUCCAACUUCCAAAGGAAUGCAUCACUGGACAUGUUGAGGGUCAGACCCUGAAGAUGUUGAUCCACAUGAGUCGAGCUAAGAGAGUUUUGGAGAUCGGAAUGUUCACCGGCUACGGAGCUCUGUCCAUGGCCGAGGGCCUUCCUGAUGACGGCCUGUUGGUGGCCUGUGAGUUAGAACCGUAUCUGAAAGAGUUUGCUCAGCCCGUCUUUGACAAGUCGCCACACGGGAAGAAGAUUGUUGUCAAAACAGGAUCAGCCAUGGACACACUGAAGGAACUGGCAGCUGCUGGCGAGCAGUUUGACAUGGUCUUCAUCGACGCUGACAAGAACAAUUACAUCAAUUACUACAACUUCAUCCUGGAGCACAACCUGCUGAGGCUGCAGGGGGUCAUGUGUGUCGAUAAUUCCCUGUUUAAAGGAAAAGUCUUUCUGAAAGAUUCCACAGAUCCCAAUGGGUCAUCCCUACGAGAAUUCAACCGGUUUGUUAGUGAGGACCCCCGCGUGGAGCAGGUGAUCCUCCCGCUCAGAGACGGCAUCAGUCUGAUCCGGCGGGCGCCGCUGGCCCGUCCGUCUCCACCUGCUCAGAGGACCAUAAGCGACGACGACGUCUUCCGGGGCGUCGGAGGGAUUUCCAUUUUGGACCGAAUGCGUCUCGAUGGGAAAGUGGCGUACGUGACUGGUGGGGGGCAGGGCAUCGGCCGGGCGUUCGCCCACGCUCUGGGGGAGGCCGGGGCCAAGGUGGCAGUGGUGGACCUGGAUCCGGCUCGAGCUGAGGCGGUGGAGAGGGAGCUGUCCGUCAAAGGAAUCACUUCCAUCUCCGUCAGCGCUGACAUCAGUAAACCAGAAGACGUCCAGAGAAUGAUCGACGCCGUCGUCUCCAAAUGGGGAGCCAUUCACAUCGCUUGUAACAACGCUGGCAUCAACCUGAACUCUGCCAGCGAGGACACGACCUUAGAGGAGUGGGACCGAACCUUUGACGUGAACCUGAGGGGCACCUUCAUGUGCUGUCAGGCAGCAGGUCGAGUGAUGCUGAAGCAGAGAUACGGGAAGAUCAUCAACACCGCCUCCAUGGCCAGUCUGAUCGUGCCUCAUCCUCAGAAGCAGCUGUCCUACAACACCUCCAAAGCUGGAGUGGUCAAACUGACUCAGACUCUGGGAACGGAGUGGAUCGACCGAGGAGUCCGGGUCAACUGCAUCUCCCCAGGGAUCGUGGACACGCCGCUCAUCCACUCGGAGGACCUGAAGCCUCUGCUGCAGCGCUGGCUGUCAGAUAUCCCUGCUGGUAGACUGGCUCAGGUGACAGACCUGCAGGCGGCUGUGGUCUACUUGGCAUCUGACACGUCCGACUACAUGACUGGGCAUAACUUAGUCAUAGAGGGUGGGCAGAGUCUCUGGUAGAAGAAAACAGACUUUAUUCUUUUGAUAUUCCUCUCAGAAAUACUUUAGGAAUCAUCUGGAUUAUUUUAGGAAGACGGGAAUAUGAAAUGUGAACAAUUUUCUCUGCUUGAUCUUAAAAGCAGAUUAAAUAUUUUUCCGCUGUAAAAACAAUCCUGAAAAGUGUCUCCAAAGCUGUAAUGUUUGCAGCUGCUGACGCCUCACGGCGACAGGUCCAUGUUUCUAACAUCUGUGUGUUUAGAAGAACAUGAGAACAUCACCAAACACUGUCGCACUUAAAUCAGGAAACGGCUGACAGAAGCGUUAAAGGAAGACGACGAUGACAACACCAGAUUAUAAUAUCAUCAAGACAUGGAAACACCAGGAAGAACCACAUUUCUACAACAAGAACAUAUCUAGAAACCUUUUGUAAAUGAAAGAUUCCUGUUGUGUUAACUUUGAUACUGUUUAGUCCACAUGAUGCAACGAUUUUCCAUGUAAUACAAUCUUUGCAGUUCCUUAUUCACAUUGAAUGACGUCUGUUCAAAUGUAAUAAAACAGUUUCUUUAGAAAA